GAAUUAUCUCGCCAUUGUCGUAAAGAUUAUUAAGUUUUUAAAACGGUAUAUUGCGUGUAGAACAAACAUGUUUAUCCAAUUGUAUCACCAUAUUUCAUAUAAAAUAUGUUCCUGGUCGCGUAGCUGCUCAGUAAACUCAAUUUACCGUUGCGAAAAUGUUUCCCAUUUCUGUUGCUCUGUUGAGUACUCUGAGCCUCAGUGGCGGGCUAGUAAGUGCAUUGAGUGAUCGUGCCAAGGAUAACGGAGAUAUAUUUAUAAUAAAUUAUGACAGCUUCGAUGGCGAUGUGGACGACAUAUCGACCACCACCGAAGCACCUAGAGAUCCCGACUAUAUUGACUUUGAUGCGAUUAUGCAUGGCUGUAAUGCAAGUUUCAUUACGACCAUGUCCAAUGUUCUGCAGUUCAAUAAUACGGGCAAACUAGCCGAUGAGACAGAUUUGACUAGCAUGUGCUAUUUCCGCUGCUUCUUCGAAAAGGCCGGUCUAGUGGAAAACUUCAGGCUAGUGCCGAACAUAGUGCGCAAGUAUAUGUGGCCAGCGACGGGCGAUUCCAUCGAGUACUGCGAGUCGCAGGGCAUUAAUGAACAGAAUGCUUGCAAGAGGACCUACGCCAUUGCGCAAUGCGCUAUGAUGCGUGCUCUGACGGAUGCCCGGAACAAGCCAAUGGUUUGAUUAUCACAUUAUUCUGUUUAAAAAUUACAAAUAGUUUAUAAUGUGUACUUAAUAAAUAUGCAGCCACGGCCGUGCGCAGAACAUUAA